AUGCUUAGUCCCAAAAGAACCAGAUUCCGUAAACAACAUAGAGGAAGAAUGAAGGGAAUAUCUUAUCGAGGUAAUCAUAUUUCUUUCGGUAAAUAUGCUCUUCAGGCACUUGAACCUGCUUGGAUUACAUCUAGACAAAUAGAAGCAGGCCGACGAGCAAUGACACGAAAUGCACGUCGUGGUGGAAAAAUAUGGGUACGUAUAUUUCCAGACAAACCAGUUACACUAAGACCCGCAGAAACACGUAUGGGUUCAGGAAAAGGAUCCCCUGAAUAUUGGGUAGCUGUUGUUAAACCGGGUCGAAUACUUUAUGAAAUGGGUGGAGUAACAGAAAAUAUAGCCAGAAGGGCUAUUUCACUAGCAGCAUCCAAAAUGCCUAUACGAACUCAAUUCAUUAUUUCCUAA